UGCAUUGAAGAAAACAUUUUUUGUAGAUAACAUUCAUGCUAAUCGGAUAUGUAAUGAAUGUAUAUAUGAUAUCCGACAAGGAAACGUGAGAUUUGUAGUUUCCAUUACACGGAAAAUCUUGCUGUGUCAUCUGAAAACAUAUUUUGGUGGUAUGUGAUUAAAAUAGUGCCGACAAAAAUAAAAAGGGAAAAAAAUAGCUAAACAACAGUUUACCAUCACUCUAAACGGCAUGGCAUCGGCGUCCUCGCGAAAUCAACUGUUAAAUAAUGCGCGUGAAGAAGCAGAAAAAAACCGACAAAGUCUUAUCCAAUAUGGCGCCACAUGUGCAAAUUACGUCACAACCGUCUUCUUGCUCGAUACGUCAACUAGUAUGUCGGGUGAAGGUCUGGAACAAAUGAAAAAGUCAUUCAAGGACAUCAUAAAUGAGUUUUCAAAGCACCCGUCAAUAGCAGAAAAUGUUUCAGUGAUAACUUUUGGUGAAGAAGUAAAGAUUCGUCACUACUACUCCAAUGAUUACGGAUCAAUUACCAGAUGUGUCGAUGAUUUAGAAUGCAGUGGAGGUAGCCCAUUAGAAGCGGGAAUAAUUAUGUGUUUAUCGGGAAUAUGGUCAGCCCCUUACUGCAAUAUGGGACCCUUUCACGUCAGAACAAGAAUAGUCAUAAUCACCGAUGGCAUACCGACACAGUAUGAUACAAGGAAAUACUUAGAAAUAUAUGAAUCCCACGGCUGCAAUGAGACUACUGCUUCAGUGAUUGACAUUGUAAGACAGAUUGGAAGACUUAAUCCCAUCUUUUGCAUUCCUGUCGGAAGCAAUCCGGAUAUUUGUUUUCUUGGAACCGUUGCCAUGGAAUCAAGCGGUGGAAAGAUUAUAUUGAAACAAAAGGCUCAGCAGUUUGGAAGAUAUGCAAUAAAUAUGAUGUUGGCAUCGACCGCUAUACAAAGAAUUCCAGACGAAUGUCAAUUUUCAAGAGAAGCGAUAAAAUUGGAAGUGUCCCGUCUGCAAAGCGUAUCUGAGGAGGAUUUGGAUGACAUCUGUGAAAUUAUUGAGAAUAGAGAUGCAUACAGAUCGCUUAUGGAGUUGAGAGAAGAAGAUGAACGUGAGCUUGAAAAAGAAUAUGAAGAAAGAUAUGCAGAUAUGCCUUGCGUUGGAACACGAGUCCGAAGAGGCCCUGAUUGGACAUGGAAAAAUCAAGAUGGACAUGGCGCAGGAACCGUCGUUGGGCAUUCGCAAAGAGUUGGCUGGAUCAGGGUUGAAUGGGACACGGGUCUUGAGUUACCUUACAGGUAUGGUAAUAAUGGUCUCUUUACUGAAUAUGACAUUGAACCAUAUGACGAGCCUAGAAUAUUGGAAGACCAACCCAUUGCCGUCGGAUGUCUUGUAAGGAGAGGCCGUGACUGGAAGUGGGGAGAUCAGGAUGGAGGAGAAGGUCAGAUUGGAACAGUGUAUCGUCUUAAAACACUUACAGAGAUAUAUGUUCGAUGGCCCAAUGGGAACAAGAGCAAUUACAGAUUUGGGUAUAAACAGAAAUUUGACGUAGAGCUAUGCGAUCCAUUCGACCCAGAUGUAGCAGAUUCCUUGAAAAAGCAGACAGAAGGAAAGACAGCAGGCCCGAGUUCAUGCGAAGACAAAAUAUCUGGUCAUGGUAAUGCUAGAAAGGCCGUUGUGACGUAUUUUCGAAACGAUUCAAUUUCAUAUAAUUCUAAUUCAAAAGAGUCAGUUUUGGAGCCACCUGGAAAGAAGUCAGAUAUUGCAACAAUUAUGAAUAAACAAACAGGAAUAUCUGACCAUUCCAGUGAUACUCGCAGUUAUAGGAUUUGGCAGUGGAGAGGACAAAAUGGUGUAUGGAAUGAAUUUACAAAAGAAGCAAAUAAGACCAUAGAAAGUUUUAAUUCAAAGCCCACAAUGGCAACUUGUAUUAUUGAUCUCAACGGGCAUCUGUGCAGAAUUCAUCUUAAAAAGAAAAAAAUGGUGAAUACGAUUACCAAGGAAGUUACAGAUAUUAGAUUAAAAGAUGAAGAUAUUCCCUCGAAUUUCUGAAUUUAGAUAUUGUACCAAAUCAUUUGCAGGACCUUUAUUUUUGUUAUGUUUUGUGGUUUUGUCGCUCUUAUUCUGAAUAUUACAUUAAAUACAUAUGUAAAAACUAU